UCGCCGCUGGGGGGAGCGCGGCGCCUUGGCGGAGCGCGGCCGGGAGCGGGCGGCGGGAGGCGCCCUCACCUGCCCGGGGCGGCGCGGCGAGGGCGGGGAGGCGGCCGGGGAGGAGCCUGCGCCCGGCGCGAGCAGGGGCGCAAAGUGAAAGUCCUGGAAGUUGCGGGAGGCGCGCGCCGAGCCGUGGCGGGCUGUGCGCCCUCGGGCGGACGCGGCCCGCGCCCAUGGCUCUGAGCAAAGGGCUGCGGCUGCUCGGGCGGCUGGAGGCGUCGGGGGACAGCAGCGUCCUGCUGGAGGCGCGCGGCCGCGGGGACUGCCUGCUCUUCGAGGCCGGCACGGUGGCCACGCUCGCUCCGGAAGAAAAGGAGGUCAUUAAGGGACAGUAUGGAAAGCUCGCUGAUGCUUAUGGCUGCCUGGGGGAGCUCAGGUUGAAAUCUGGUGGCGCUUCCCUGAGCUUCCUGGUGUUGGUGACUGGCUGCACGUCUGUGGGCAGAAUUCCAGAGGCCGAAAUCUACAAAAUCACCGCCACCGACUUCUAUCCGCUCCAGGGAGAGGCGAAGGAGGAGGAGCGCCUCACUGCCUUGAAGAAGAUCCUCAACUCAGGCGUCUUCUACUUCUCGUGGCCCAGCGACGGCUCGGGCUUCGACCUCACCGUCCGGGCGCAGAAGCAGGGAGACGACAGCUGCGAGUGGGGCAACUCCUUCUUCUGGAACCAGCUGUUGCACGUGCCACUGAGGCAGCACCAGGUGAGCUGCUGUGACUGGCUGCUGAAGGUCAUCUGUGGGGUGGUGGCCAUCCGCACGGUGUACGCCUCGCACAAGCAGGCCAAGGCCUGCCUCAUCUCUCGCAUCAGCUGCGAGCGUGCCGGCGCUCGCUUCCACACCCGCGGCGUCAACGACGAUGGCCAUGUGUCCAACUUCGUGGAGACAGAGCAGACUAUUUACAUGGAUGAUGGAGUGUCGUCUUUUGUCCAGAUCAGAGGCUCCGUUCCGCUGUUUUGGGAGCAGCCAGGACUCCAGGUUGGCUCGCAUCAUCUGAGACUCAACAGAGGCCUGGAAGCCAAUGCCCCUGCUUUCGACAGGCAUAUGGUGCUUCUGAAGGAGCAGUAUGGGAAGCAAGUGGUUGUGAACCUGCUGGGGAGCAGAGGCGGAGAGGAGGUGCUCAACAGAGCGUUCAAGAAGUUGCUCUGGGCUUCCUGCCAUGCUGGCGACACGCCUAUGAUCAACUUUGACUUCCAUCAGUUUGCCAAAGGCGGCAAGCUAGAGAAAUUGGAGAACCUGUUGAGGCCCCAGCUGCAGCUGCACUGGGAUGACUUUGAUGUGUUCACCAAGGGCGAGAAUGUAAGUCCACGUUUUCAGAAAGGCACUUUGCGGAUGAACUGUCUCGACUGCCUGGACCGAACCAACACAGUGCAGAGCUUCAUUGCGCUCGAGGUCCUUCAUCUGCAGCUCGAGAGCCUAGGGCUGAACUCAAAGCCCAUCGCUGACCGCUUCGUGGAGGCCUUCAAAGCCAUGUGGUCUCUGAACGGGCACAGCCUGAGCAAGAUGUUCACGGGCAGCCGGGCCCUGGAAGGGAAGGCCAAGGUGGGGAAGCUGAAGGAUGGGGCCCGGUCUGUGUCUCGCACUAUCCAGUCCAACUUCUUUGAUGGUGUGAAGCAGGAGGCCAUCAAGCUGCUGCUGGUUGGGGACGUCUACACCGAGGAGGCUGCUGACAAGGGAAGGAUGCUCUUGGACAACACGGCCCUGCUGGUGACUCCCAGGGUCCUGAGAGCGAUGUCGGAGCGCCAGUCGGAAUUCACAUAUUUCAAGCGGCUCCGGAUUGCCAUGGGAACCUGGAAUGUGAACGGGGGCAAGCAGUUCAGGAGCAACCUCCUGGGGACAGCAGAGCUGGCCGACUGGCUGCUCGACUCGCCCACGCUUUCCGGAGCCGAGGAAUCCCCGGAUGACAGCAGCCCAGCUGACAUAUUUGCCGUGGGGUUUGAAGAGAUGGUGGAACUGAGCGCAGGGAAUAUUGUCAAUGCAAGUACCACCAACAGGAAGAUGUGGGGUGAGCAGCUUCAGAAAGCCAUCUCACGGUCUCAUAGGUACAUUCUCUUGACUUCGGCACAGCUGGUGGGCGUCUGUCUUUAUAUCUUCGUGCGUCCGUACCAUGUCCCAUUCAUCAGGGAUGUGGCGAUCGACACAGUGAAGACCGGCAUGGGAGGGAAGGCAGGAAACAAAGGUGCCGUGGGCAUCCGCUUUCAGCUCCACAGCACCAGCCUCUGCUUCGUGUGCAGCCACCUGACGGCCGGGCAGUCCCAGGUGAAGGAGAGGAACGAGGACUACAGGGAGAUCACCCAGAAGCUGAGCUUCCCGACGGGAAGAAAUAUUUUCUCUCACGAUUACGUGUUUUGGUGCGGGGAUUUCAACUACCGCAUCGAUCUCACGUAUGAAGAAGUCUUCUAUUUUGUCAAACGCCAAGACUGGAAGAAACUUCUGGAAUUUGAUCAGCUACAGCUACAGAAAUCAAGUGGAAAAAUUUUUAAAGACUUUCACGAAGGCGCCAUUAAUUUUGGACCCACCUACAAGUAUGAUGUCGGCUCUGCCGCCUACGACACAAGUGACAAAUGCCGCACCCCCGCCUGGACAGACAGGGUCCUGUGGUGGAGGAAGAGGCAUCCUUUUGACCGAACAGCUGGAGAACUCAACCUCCUAGACAACGAUCUGGAUGCGAACACCAAAGUCAGACACACCUGGUCUCCUGGCGCCCUCAAGUAUUACGGCCGAGCGGAGCUACAAGCAUCUGAUCACAGACCCGUGCUGGCGAUCGUGGAGGUGGAAGUACAAGAAGUCGAUGUGGGUGCUCGGGAGAGGGUGUUCCAGGAAGUGUCCUCUUUCCAGGGUCCCCUGGACGCCACUGUCGUAGUCAACCUUCAGUCGCCAACCUUAGAAGAGAAAAACGAGUUUCCUGAGGACGUGCGCAUCGAGCUCAUGGAGACCUUGGGGAAUUAUGGGACAAUCGUCCUUGUCAGGAUCAACCAAGGGCAGAUGCUGGUGACUUUUGCAGACGGUCACUCGGCUCUCAGCGUCCUGGAUGUGGAUGGUAUGAAGGUGAAAGGCAGAGCCGUGCAGAUCAGACCGAAGACCAAGGACUGGCUGAAAGGUUUGCAGGAGGAGAUCGUCCGAAAGCGGGACAGCCUGGUCUCCAUGUCUCCCACUGCCAACUCCUGUCUGCUGGAGGAGAACUUCGACUUCACAAGUUUGGACUAUGACUCAGAAGGGGUUAUUCUCGAAGAUGACGAAGACUAUUUGGUGGAGGAGCUGGGGCAGCCUGUGGUCUCAGACGGUGAACUGGGGGGAGACGACCUUUCCGAUACCCCCAGCUCCACAGCAGCGGCACCUCCCAGCAAGUCACCUGCACUCGUCAAAAAGAAGCAGCAUCCGACCUACAAAGAUGAUGCUGACCUGGCGGAGUUAAAGCAGGAGCUGGAAGCAGUUGGGGAUUCGCACCACCGCUCUCCAAGCAGGUCUCUGUCGGUGCCCAGUAGGCCUCGGCCACCUCACCCACCGCAGAGACCGCCCCCUCCAACUGGUUUAAUGGUGAAAAAGUCGGCUUCGGAUGUGUCCAUCUCCUCUGGCACCCACGGGCAAUAUUCGAUUUUGCAGACAGCAAAACUUCUCCCGGGAGCACCACAGCAAGCACCCAAAGCUAGGACUGGGAUAAGUAAACCUUAUAACGUCAAGCAGAUCAAAACCACCAAUGCUCAGGAGGCGGAAGCAGCAAUCCGAUGUCUCCUGGAAGCCAGAGGAGGCACCCCGGGAGAAGCCCUAAAUGCCACGGCCCCAAGGGACCAAGGGUCUUCCAAACCAGAGCCCACAGCGGGGGUGGCCCCACUCCUGCCCCGUCGGCCAGCACCCAGAGUUCCUGCCAUCAAGAAGCCAACCUUGAGGAGGACAGGAAAGAUAUGAAGAACACCUUGGGAUGUCUUCUUUGGCUAGCCUUCUAUUCUGGAUGAAAUGUGAUUACUAGUUAUUCUUCUGUUUGAGUUUUUGGUUUGGGGUCUUCUUUCAACCAUCAAACUAAGUUGAAAAAGCAGAAAAGUAACAAUCUGGUUAAGAAUUUAUGACUUGAAUGCUGCUACCUGGGACCAUUGCCAUCACAUAUAUGAUAACUUUGUGUGACAAUAUCUACAAUACUGAGAGAUGCUAGAAUUCAUUUUCUGUGGGACCUUUUGGAAACUUGUAAAAUCUCUGACUGCUAGAGUGGUUUGAGUACAUCACUGUGUAGAAAGAAAGAAGAAGAGAGUAAACAAUCUUCAGGUCCUAUCUAGGUUUGUUGUUAGCUAAGAAACGCACAAAAUAAAGUCAUGAAUGUUCCCUGAUGACUUUCAGGAAUAAGAAUAUACUGACACUCUCAAAAUAAUAAAGAUGGCUAGUCCGUCCUGACCAGUAAGUGCUGUAUUGAAUUCAUUUAAUCUGAGUGCACAGCCCUGGGACGUGGAUGGGGAGGAAGGAAUUGGCUGGAUGUGGUACCUUCCUUUUCCCAGGUAGUGGGAGAGAGCCCUGAAACCCACUGUCAUGCAAGGCAAGUUGUUUGUGCCUGUGUAAUAGGCUCUCUCUGCAUGAGGUCGGAGACCAGGUGAAGGAGUGACGCAUUGUGCACAGAGGGUCAGGGAACAUCUGAGAGAAGAGGAUUAAGAAUUUGACAAGUAGCAAAGUGGAUUUAUGUGCAUGGAAAGCACGUUAGCUGAUGGGCAAGAAUUUCAGAGGUCCUUAAAUGACAAGUUAGGGUUUUAUUCUGUAGAUAAUAGAAGUAGUGGGUAGUGGAAAUACCUAAAUAAAUCUGUGUGUUAGAGUGGUGAAGAUAACAGGCUUUGCCUAGGCUAAUAGCAGCUCUUCAAAGCAUCUGGAAUAUAGUUUCUAGAUAGUGUGAGGUAGGGGUCCAACGUCAGCUUCCUGGGGGAAUAGUUAUACCAUUUACUAAGUCACAAACCAUUGCUCUCUCUUCCUUUAAUUAGGUUUCUCAAGCGGUUAUUCACUUUAUUGACACUUUCAAAUAACACUGGGUUUAUAUAUCCUUUCUUUUGUUUUUUAAUAUUUUUUUCUGUCAAUUUUUUAAACAUUCUUCAUUAACUUAAACUUACCCUUAGUUUGCAUCAUUUUCCUACUUUUAAAUUUUGUUCUUUUCCUAAUUUAUUAAUUAAAGGU